UGUAUUUCAAGUAUCAAAAUAAAUUAUAUUCACAAUGUAUUAUCUGUGAAACAAAUGUUCCGUCUACAUCUGAAUCUGUAGAAAAUCAUUUAAACUCGCAUUCUGAAGAACAACGGAAGAAUCAUAUACUUCGCAGCUGGUUGUGGAAAUAUUGCACAAAAAAAGAUGAUUUUGUGGUGGAGUGUAAUAUUUGUCACGACAACGUAUCUAUUUCUAUGGAGUCUACACUGAAUCGUCACAUAAAAAUGAUACAUUCUGACAAACUAAAAAAAACACGCAACACAGUUGAUUUAUCAGAACGCAUCUCAUCACUUCAAACGAGCACAACGUCUCAAAGUAUUGUAACUAAAAAGCAUGUGUGGAAAUAUUAUAUAAAACUGUCCGAUUUUGAAGCGCAGUGCAGGUUUUGUGAAAAUAAAUAUAAUUAUUUAGAUUUUUCACAUUGUUAUACACAUAUAUCAACACAACACACAAAAAUUUGGACAUACGAAAAAAAGAAAAGACUAAUAAAAUGGCCAUGGAUGUAUUUCAAAUAUAAAAAUAAAUUAUAUUCACAAUGUAUUAUCUGUGACACAAAUGUUCUAUCUACAUCUGAAUCUGUAGAAAAUCAUUUGAACUCGCAUUCUGAAGAACAACAAAAAAAUCAUAUACUUCGCAGCUGGUUGUGGAAAUAUUGCAUAAAAAGAGAUGAUUUUGUGGUGGAGUGUAAUAUUUGUCACAACAACUUAUCUAAUCCUAUUCAAGUUAGCCUGGAUCAUCACAUAAAAAUGGUACAUUCGGACAAAUUAAUAGAAACACGCGACACAGUUAGUUUGUCAGAACGCAUCUCAUCACUUCAAACAGACACAUUGUCCCAAACUAUUGUAACUAAGAAGCAUGUGUGGAAAUAUUAUAUAAAACUGUCGGAUUUUAAAGCGCAGUGCAUGUUUUGCAAAAAUAAAUAUAAUUAUUUACAAACUACACAUUUUAAUGUACAUAUAUCAAAACAUCACCCAAAAAUUUGGAAAUAUGAAAAAGAGAAAAAUCUAAUAAAAUGGCCAUGGAUGUACUUCAGGUAUCAAAAUAAAUUAUAUUCACAAUGUAUUAUCUGUGACACAAAUGUUCUAUCUACAUCUGAAUCUGUAGAAAAUCAUUUGAACUCGCAUCCUGAAGAACAACGGAAGAAUCAUAUACUUUGCAGCUGGUCGUGGAAAUAUUGCAUAAAAAGAGAUGAUUUUGUGGUAGAGUGUAAUAUUUGUCACGACAACGUAUCUAUUUCUAUUCAUUCUACACUGAAUCGUCACAUAAAAAUGAUACAUUCUGACAAACUAAAAGAAACACGCGACACAGUUGAUUUAUCAAAACGCAUCUCAUCACUUAAAAUGGACACAAUGUCUCUAAAUAUUGCAAAUAAAAAGCAUAUGUGGAAAUAUUACAUAAAACUGUCCAAUUUUGAAGCGCAGUGCAGAUUUUGUAAAAAUAAAUAUAGUUAUUUACACGUUACAAAAUGUCGUACACAUAUAUCAAGACGUCACACAAAAGUUUGGAAAUACGAAAAAGAGAAGAAACUAGUAAAAUGGCCAUGGAUGUAUUUCAAGUAUCAAAAUAAAUUAUAUUCACAAUGUAUUAUCUGUGAUGCGAAUGUUCCUUCUACAUCUGAAUCUGCAGAAAAUCACUUAAGUUCGCAUUCUGAAAAACAACGAAAGAAUCAUAAACUUCACGAAUGGUCAUGGAAAUAUUUCACAAAAAGAGAUGAUUCUGUGGUGGAGUGUAAUAUUUGUCACAACAACAUAUCUGUUUCUGUUUGUUCUAGCCUGACUCGUCACAUAAAAAUGUUACAUUCGGACAAAUUAGAAAAUAUACAAGAAACACACGACACAGCUGGUUCGUCAAAACACGUUUUAUGACUUGAAAAAAUGGACACAAUGUUUAUGUCACCAAAAGAUUGUUAUUUCGAUACGUCCAACUUAUGGAUACAUAUCAAAGAAAUGCAUAAAAAAGUUUUUAGUCUGAAAGAAAAAUUCCGAAGUUUACACGGACCGUCAAGAAUAUAUUUCAAAUAUUUCAACUCAUUGGCUUUUAAUUGUAUUAUUUGUAAUGAAAGCGUUUUUAUUUUUAUC